UUACCUUUAUACCCUUUGUUAUAAGAAUAGAAAAAAAAACAUUUCAUUUCAUUCGAUCGCGAAUCGUGUCGUCUCCUCUCGGGAAUCUUCAAACCCUCACCGGCACUGUCGUCUCCGACUCGGGAAUCGUCGUCUCCGGCUCGGGAAUCAUCUUCUCCGACUCGGGAAUCGUCGUCUCCGGCUCGGGAAUCAUCUUCUCCGACUCGGGAAUCGAAGUCUCCGGCUCGGGAAUCAUCUUCUCCGGCUCGCUAAUCGUCUUCUCCGGCUCGCUAAUCAUCUUCUCCGGCUCGAUAAUCAUCUUCUCCGGCUAUCUAAUCAUCAGCGUCACACUCUCUACUCUCAAAAUCGGUAACUUUUUAAAAUUAGGGUUUUUGAAUUAAAAUUUGGGAAGCUUGCGUUUUGAUUUUGAUUUGUGUGUUACUCGUUCUUAUUAACAAGCGAAGCAAAUGAAGACUUUUGUGUUGUUUUGUAUUUGUGUUAUUUCAGGAAAGCCUUCCAGAAAAGUUUGAAAUUUUUUUUUUCCUUGUUUACGCAGGAUAGAAACAAGAUGGGAGAUUCAGUACCUCUAAAACUAGCACUGCCAGAGCUGAAGUAUCCUAUUGGUUCACAGCCAAAAGAAAAGUCAGCAAUCAACCAAUACUCUGGUUCAGAUUAUAUCUCUAUUGUCAAAAGCAUCCUAAAACCAGAUGAGAUGAUAAGAGUCCGAGGAUCAUUUCUGGGACCUGUAAUGAAGCUCAGUGAGAGAGGAUUGAAGUUAUCAGCAAAGAUAGUCUACGCCAUUCUCACUAGAAGCAUCGUUUCUGUCAAGGAGAAUGAAGCCUGGUUCCAUUUCGGUGCGCAGCCAAUGAGGUUCUCUAUAAGAGAAUUUCAUAUGAUGACAGGCUUGAAAUGUAGUGGUGCAUUAGAAGGACCACGAAGGGAAACCGAGAGAUUUAAUUGGGAAUUGCUAAAGGGGCGUAGUCAUAAGUUAAGUGACGUGGUGGACCAGCUCAGAAACACAAGAGAAGAUGCUUCUGAGGAGAGAAUAUGCCUCGCAAUGCUCAUCCUGGUAGAGAGCAUAUUAUUGCGGAAGAGCAAAGGAGGGAGUUUUCCUUUGGAAUAUGCGAAAAAUGCACAGGAUAUGACAUAUCCAUGGGGAAAAGAGGCUUACAUUGUGCUCCUGAAGUCAAUUCAAAACGCUGUCGCGAAUCAUUUGGAGAAUAAAUCCAAAUUUGAGUUGCAAGGUUAUCCUCUAGUAUUCCUUCUUUGGAUACUAGAGUCGAUUCCUUUGCUAAGGAAUAAGUUCAGUAAGUGUGUACCAACAGUUGAGGUUCCUGGGCCGACUUACUUGUGUGAAAAAUACACUGAGAUAGAGAAUCCAUCACUUGAUAGGGUUUUACAGGUUGAAGCUGAUACAAAGCUGAAGGUCCAUUGCAUACUACCUUCUAUUCCUCAUGAUCCAGAAGAUGAUAUCUCCAUUGAAGACAAAUAUAGUGACGAGUUGGAAACAGUGAAAGAUGUAACAAAGAAAGGGUACAAGAUUACAGCCGAUGACUGGGAAAAUAGGUGUGUAGACACAUUUGACACAUUGGAUGCUCUUAUUCAAAUGAUGGCAAAUAAGGAGACUGGCCAAGCUUCUACUCCGAUUGAUGAGGAUUCAGUAAAUGAAAAAGUGAACAGGAUCAUCACGGUAAUGGAGGAGAAUCUGAAGAGCAUGAAGGAUCGAAUGUCAUUACUGGAAGAAGAAAACAUACAUCUUAGAGCUCGUGUGUCAGAGUUGGAAGGAAACAGCAAUGUUUUUCCCACUAACGUGACACAAAAGGUAAAUUCUCAAAACAUCUUCUUUUACAUUUGCAUUUUCAAGUAUUUUUUGGAAGAUCUUGUACAUAUUCUUGAAUGCCUUCCUAAUAUUUGACAAACAGCGAUCCAGUGGGACACCUUUAUCUCCAAUGUCUCACACGCAACCAUCCAGUGGGACACCUUUAUCUCCAAUGUCUCACACGCAACCAUCGAGUGAGACACCUUUAUCUCCAAUGUCUCAACAGCCUAAUUUGACACAUGAGGUAUGUAACCAAUAAAUAUUGUUGAGUUUUGAAGUAAUAUUUGGAAAGCUUUUGUACUUCUUGAAUGCAUUCCUGAUUUUUGCAGGAGACAAUGAUUGAAUCAGCUGCAUCUCCAAAGUCUCAACAAAAUGAGGUAUAUGCUCAAAAAUUUUUAAGAAAAUAUUUGGAAAUUCUUGUACAAAAUCCUGAAUGCCUUCCUGAUUUUUGCAGGAUUACACGCAAUCAUCGAGUGAGACGCCUUUAUCUCCAAUGUCUCAACAGCCUAAUUUGACAAAUGAGGUAUGUAACCAAUAAAAUAUUGUUGAGUUUUGAAGUAAUAUUUGGAAGCUUUUGUACAUAUUCUAGAAUGCAUUCUUGAUUUUUGCAGGACACAAUGAAUGAAUCAGAUGAUGAAACUCCUGCCCUUGAUACUCAAGUAUUCUCUCCUAAUCUGACAAAAGAGGUAUAUGCUCAAUGAUAUUGUUUUCACAGUUGGAGUUUACAAAUUAGUUUUGGGUGAUUUUUUUUUACAUAUAAAGGCUUUUCUGAUUUUUGACAGAAAGAAACAGAAACGUCUACCGGUGAGAGGCCAUCCAAUCCUAAUCAAGAUGGAAAACCAGAUGAUGAGGUAAUAUUUAUUCUAGAAAUUAUAGUUGAAUGUAUUCAUGAUGGCCAUUCCUGAUAUUUUUUUGCAGAUUGUGAGAGAGAAAUUAACAAGUGAGUCACCUGCUAGUCAGAGUCAAGUUUUGCAGAAAGAAACAGUAGAAAUGAAUGAGACACCUUCUUCUCCAAUAGCUCCAAAGAGUAUUGAAACUCCCGUUUAUACUCCAAGUCAGACUCAGCAGGUACAUGGUCAAAAAAAAUCUUGGAUUUUUAAGUUAAUGUUUGGAAGCUUUAGAACGUACUCUGGAUUGACUUCGUGAUAAUUUUUACAGAUUGAGAGAGAGCCAUCGGAUGACACGCCUGCCCUUGAUACUCAAGUUUUUACUCCUAAUCUGACAAAAGAGGUAUAUGCUCAAUGACAGUUGGAGUUUACAAUUAGUUUUGGGUGAUUUACAUAUAUAGACCUUUCUAAUUUUUGGCAGAGGGAAACACAAACCUCUACUGAUGAAACGCCACCCAAAACUAAUCAAGGAGAAGGAAAACCAGAUGAUGAGGUAAUAUUUACUCUAGAAAUUAUAAUUGAAUGUAUUCAUGAUGGCCUUUCCUGAUAUUUUUUGCAGAUUGUGAUUGAGUCACCUGCUGCUCAGACUCAAGUUUUGCAAAAAGAAACACUGGAAAUGAAUGAGACACCUUCUUCUCCAAUAUCUCCAAAGAGUAUUGAGGCUCAAGUUUUUACUCCAAUUCAGAAACAGCAGGUAAAUGUUCAAAAAAUCUUGGAGAUUUCAAGUAAUGUUUGAAAGCUUUUGUACGUGUUUUUGAUCCCCUACCUGACUUUUUUUUGUUUUUUUUGCAGACGGUAACAGAGGAAACGUAUGAGGCUACACAGCCAUUGACUGAGAUCAUUUCAGCAAACAAUAAAAAGGUAAGCAUAGAAAUGUCUUUCAUAAGUACAACUUGAAUUUUAAAUUGUAGAAACUUCUUCAUAACUACCUCUUUUAUUUUACUGUUAUUACAGGAGGAUACACAUGCUGUGCAUUACAGACCUUCCUCUCCAUUGUCUUCACUAAUUGCACUAGUUAUUGAA